GGAUUACAGGCGUGAGCCACCGCGUCCGUCUGUCCGCCUCUUAAAGAGUAAACGAGGCCGGGCGCGGUGGCUUAGUAAUACCAGCUGUAAUCCCAGCUACUUGGGAGGCUGAGGCAGAAGAAUCGCUUGAACCCCGGAGGCGGAGGUUGAGGUGAGAGGAGAUCGCGCCUGGGCAACAACGGCGAAGCUUUCUCAAAAGAAAAAAAAAAAUCGUCGGUUUCCUUUUCCCAUCUUUCUUUCGUUUGUGACUUAUAUUCCAGAACGAAGCCCCACACAUCAUUAAUGAUUUCAAUCGUUUCUAAAGUGUUUCUUAAAUCGUUUCUUAAAUUGUUUGUUGUUUCUUGUCUAACAGUCCAGAACACAUAUUACAUAAUGGAGCCAGGAGACAGACUACGGCUGGCUUGACCCGGCCACGCAGUCCAGGAAAGGUGCUUUUCACCCCAAGUGCAAAAUGAUCAAUGUAUUCUUCCGAUCUACAUAAACAAACACCUCCUGGUUUCAUUUUCGUAAAGCAAAACAAGCAGGGAAGCUUUACUCUUUAGGCUCUUUAAACUUCCAGCAACUACACUGCGCUGCAUCGGACUCGACGCCCGCUGGUGACGCACACGCUGCGCCGGAAGUGCGAACUGUCUGCCUCCAGGCUUUGUCAUGGCGGCUGCUGCUGCGCGCUGGAGCCAUGUGUGGGUCGGCACCGAGACUGGGAUCUUGAAAGGGGUAAAUCUUGAGCGAAAACAGGCGGCGAACUUUACGGCCGGAAGACAGCCGCGGCGCGAGGAGGCAGUGAGCGCCCUGUGUUGGGGCACGGGCGGCGAGACCCAGAUCCUGGUGGGCUGCGCGGACAGGACGGUGAAGCACUUCAGCACCGAGGAUGGCAUAUUCCAGGGUCAGAGACACUGCCCGGGCGGGGAGGGCACGUUCCGUGGCCUCGCCCAGGCCGACGGCACCCUCAUCACAUGUGUGGAUUCUGGGAUUCUCAGAGUCUGGCAUGACAAGGACAAGGACACAUCCUCUGACCCACUCCUGGAACUGAGAGUGGGCCCUGGGGUGUGUAGGAUGCGCCAAGACCCAGCACACCACCAUGUGGUUGCCACAGGUGGGAAAGAGAAUGCUUUGAAGAUAUGGGACCUGCAGGGCUCUGAGGAACCUGUGUUCAGGGCCAAGAACGUGCGGAAUGACUGGCUGGACCUGCGGGUUCCCAUCUGGGACCAGGACAUACAGUUUCUCCCAGGAUCACAGAAGCUUGUCACCUGCACAGGGUACCACCAGGUCCGUGUCUAUGAUCCAGCAUCCCCCCAGCGCCGGCCAGUCCUAGAGACCACCUAUGGAGAGUACCCACUGACAGCCAUGACCCUCACUCCGGGAGGCAACUCAGUGAUUGUGGGAAACACUCAUGGGCAGCUGGCAGAAAUUGACCUUCGGCAAGGGCGUCUACUGGGCUGUCUGAAGGGGCUGGCAGGCAGUGUGCGUGGGUUGCAGUGCCACCCUUCAAAGCCUCUACUAGCCUCCUGUGGCUUGGACAGAGUCUUGAGGAUACACAGGAUCCAGAAUCCACGGGGUCUGGAGCAUAAGGUAAGUCGUCUCUCCCACCCCCAACUCAUGGUCUUGUGGAGGCCCCACCUCCUGUGCCCCCCGUUGAUGUUUCUGUCUCAGCAUGCCUGGCUCCUUAAGGCCCCUCAUCUUUUGCAGGUUUAUCUCAAGUCUCAAUUGAACUGCCUCCUCUUAUCAGGCAGGGACAACUGGGAGGUGAGCAGUUGGGUCUGGGAAUGUGGGAGCCAAGGGCAUAGAUGUGAGGACCUCCCUAUGGAGAGGAAAAGGAGGCAGCUGGAAUGCAGACCUGGGACUAUCUGUUUACCUGCCUGGUCACUUAAUUUCUCUGAGAGGCAUUAACAGUUAAAAUCCUGAGAGGGUUAUUUCCAACAGCAUGGAUGGGGUUGCUUUCUAGGAGCAAGGAAUAAAGGUGGUGGUACCCAGAGGGAUUCUUUCUCAGCCAGGGUCUCCUUGCCUGUGGGUUUGUCCCUGUGCCUCCGACUACUUUUCUUUUUUCUUUUUUUUUUUUUUUUAACUUCUUUUUGUAGAGAUAGGGUCUCCUUAUGUUGCCCAGUCUCGUCACUAAGUCCUGGGCUCAAGCAAUCCUCCUGCCUUGGUCUCCCAAAGUGCUGAGAUUACAGGUGGGAGCCACCGUGCCCAGCCCCCCUGACUCCUAAGCUUUCUUCCCACUCACCAGGAUGAGCCCCAAGAGCCUCAAGAACCCAACAAGGUGUCCCUAGAAGACACAGAGACAGAUGAACUUUGGGCAUCCUUGGAGGCAGCUGCCAAGCGGAAGCUCUCGGAUUUGGAGCAGACCCAAGGAUCUCUCCAAACGAGACGGAGAAAGAAGAAGCGGCCUGGGUCCACCAACCCCUGACGCCCCUGUGCCCACUUUGUAAAUAAACUACUGAACACCCA